AUGGACCCUAACAGUAACCGUCUGCAUCUCAACUUUGGCAACGACAGGCUGCCCUUGUCCAACAACGACCGCCCCAAUAACGACCGCACAUACCCCACGACGCCCUCGACGUUCCCGCAGCCCGUCUUCCCCCCAAACGCCGCUGGACAGCAGCAAGCCACGACGAUGCAGCAGCAGGCUGCGUAUGGUGCUGCUAGCUAUGCUCCUCAGGGCUACUUCUCCCAGGGCCAGUACCAGCAGCAGCAGCCGCAGCAGCAGCAGCAGCAGCCCCCGCUGCCACAACAACCGCAGUAUCCUGUUCCGCCCGGCGGCUACGACUACAACAGCGUGCCCGCCGCUGGCGGUGCCCAGUACCAGCUACCGCGCUCCAACACGCCCGGCAGUGACCCCAACACCGGCCUCGCCCACCAGUUCUCUCACCAGAACCUAGGAGGUGCCGCUCGCCAGGCCCCCUAUGCGCCGCGCGCCGCUGCCCAGCGCCCCCGAACCGCCGGCGGCAGCGCCCAGCAGCCCGCUUACAGCAGCUACUCGAACGUCCCGCUGCCCACGCAGGGUGCUGCUGCGCCGCCCGAGUUCCAGCCUACCCCGGAGAGGAACCCCGACAAGUACGGCAGCAAUACUAACAGCAACCAGAAGAAGUGCUCGCAGCUUGCUGCCGACUUCUUCAAGGACAGCGUCAAGAGGGCUCGUGAACGCAAUCAAAGACAGAGCGAAUUGGAGCAAAAGCUCCAAGACCCUUCCCAGAAUGCCGCUAGGAAAGAGCAGCUCUGGUCAACCGCAGGUCGAAAAGAAGGACAGUAUCUGCGCUUCCUACGCACAAAGGACAAGCCCGAAAACUACACCACAGUCAAGAUCAUCGGCAAGGGUGCCUUUGGUGAGGUCAAGCUGGUGCAGAAAAAGGGCGACGGCAAGGUGUAUGCCAUGAAGUCUUUGAUCAAGACGGAAAUGUUCAAAAAGGACCAACUCGCCCAUGUGCGCUCAGAACGUGAUAUUCUGGCCGAGUCUGACAGCCCGUGGGUCGUGAAGCUCUACACCACAUUCCAGGACACGUACUUUUUGUACAUGCUCAUGGAGUUUUUGCCUGGUGGCGACUUGAUGACCAUGCUCAUUAAGUAUGAAAUCUUUUCCGAGGACAUUACGCGAUUCUACAUUGCCGAGAUUGUCCUCGCAAUUGAGGCUGUUCACAAGCUUGGAUUCAUUCAUCGCGAUAUCAAGCCCGACAACAUCCUGUUGGACCGUGGCGGCCAUGUCAAGCUGACCGAUUUCGGUCUGUCUACCGGCUUCCACCGCCUACACGACAACAAUUACUACCAGCAGCUGCUACAAGGCCGCUCAAACAAACCCAGAGACCGCAACUCGGUCGCAAUUGACCAGAUUAACCUGACAGUUAGCAACCGUUCCCAGAUAAACGACUGGAGACGAUCGCGACGUCUGAUGGCGUACUCUACCGUCGGCACCCCCGACUACAUUGCCCCCGAGAUUUUCACCGGUCACGGCUACACAUUCGACUGCGAUUGGUGGUCGCUGGGAACCAUCAUGUUUGAGUGUCUGGUCGGCUGGCCCCCGUUCUGCGCCGAGGACAGCCACGACACCUACCGCAAGAUUGUCAACUGGAGACAGACUUUGUACUUCCCUGAUGAUAUCACUCUGGGAGUCGAGGCUGAGAACCUCAUCCGAAGCAUGGUCUGCAACACCGAAAACCGUCUGGGACGCGGUGGUGCUCACGAGCUUAAGAACCACGCCUUUUUCCGUGGUGUCGACUUUGAUGGUCUCCGUCGCAUUCGUGCGCCGUUUGAGCCUCGUCUCACCUCCAACAUUGAUACUACUUACUUCCCUACCGACGAGAUUGACCAGACCGACAAUGCCACUGUCCUCAAGGCGCAGGCUCUGCAGCAGAACGGCAACCGUCCGGUCGAGGAGUCGCCUGAGAUGAGCUUGCCCUUCAUAGGCUACACCUUCAAACGAUUCGAUAACAACUUUCGAUAG